GCCUCAUCACCACCCAAGACACACACAGCCAUCUUGCAUUCUCAUACUCAGCUGAACCAACCAGGUCAGCUGAGGCCAAACAUCUGUAGUCACUCACCGACAGCGCGCAAUGGCCCGGCAGCUCGCCGCUGCCGCCGCCCUGGUGGCCCUGUGCGUAGCCGCACUCGGUGUGGCCGCUCAGCCACCUGCGCCGCGCCCGCUGCCAUCCAACUACCAGAUGAUCAACCCGGGCAGGUACAAGAGGGACCAGCAGCUGGCGUGCGACGAUCCCAAGGACAACAAGCCCAAGUGCAUGGCCAAGUGCGACAAGCGCUGCCCCAACAAGUGCAUCGUCCUCUGCCCCGGAUGCAAGACGUUCUGCAUGUGCGACUUCUACCCCGGCGUGUCGUGCGGCGACCCGCGCUUCACGGGCGGCGACGGCAACAACUUCUACUUCCACGGCAAGAAGGGCCACGACUUCUGCAUCCUCUCCGACGCCGGCCUCCACAUCAACGCGCACUUCAUCGGCAAGCGCAACCCGGCCAUGAACCGCGACUUCACGUGGAUCCAGGCGCUCGGCAUCCGCUUCGGCGGCCACCGCCUCUACAUGGGCGCCCGGAAGACGGCCAGGUGGAGCGACGACGCCGACCGCCUCGAGCUGGCCUUCGACGGCGAGCCCGUCAGCGUCCCGGCCGAGGCCGGCGCCGCGUGGCAGCCAGCCGCCGCGCCCGGGCUCACCGUCGCCAGGACCGCCGCCGCCAACGGCGUGCGGUUGCAGCUCCGCGGCGUGUUCGACAUCGUGGCCAGCGUGGUGCCCGUCAGCGCGGAGGACUCGCGCGUCCACGGAUACGGCGUGGCGGAGGACGACUGCCUCGCGCACUUCGACCUCGGCUUCAGGUUCUUCGGGCUCACCGACGACGUGCACGGCGUCCUCGGCCAGACAUACCGCCCCGACUACGUCAACCGCCUCAGCGUCAGCUCCAAGAUGCCGGUCAUGGGCGGGGCGCCUAGCUACGUCUCCUCGGACAUCUUCGCCACCGACUGCGCCGUCGCCAGGUUUGGUGCCCGCCACGCCGGCAUCGCCAUGGUUACAGCUGAGGGCUGAGGCCAGUUAAAUUAAAGCUGCAUGCAUCCUGCAAUACGGCAUGCCACGCCCACGCCCACGAUAACCGUUCUGCCAAGCUACGGUUUAAAAAAUAAAUAAAUCUGUCUGCACGAAUCAGGAUGGUGUGCAGCUAGCUGAACUGUACCAUUGGGUUAAUUUGUGUCGGAAUUCACUGAUGAGCAAUUCAUUUGUGUUAUUUUAUUCCCAGGCUACAUUUCAUCGAGAUUGAUGCUAAUAUACAAUAUCUUUGCUUAUUUUAAUUUCA